AUGACAUUAGCAUCAUCGUCUCAGAUGCCAUUUACACUUCCUCAGGAGUACCUCCUACCAAACUCCAAGUACGGCAUUGGCAGAAAUAGAACCACCAAUUUCAUCAUGUUGGAUAGUGUCCAUGUUUCACGUGAUCAGAUUGAGAUUGAAACAGAUCCCAAGGCAGAUUCAAAUUCACUCAAUAUCAUCGUUAAAUCAAGAGCCAAGACUACUGUGAACGAGAAGGUGUACCUGUUAAGUUCUGCUGAAGCUAAAAGCAAUCGCUACAAGAGUAUCAAAUAUGCUGAAGAUGAGAUAACCAUAAAGAUUAAUCGAUUCACAAUUGUUCUAAGGUGGCUGCCGACUUUAAAGAUCAGGUGCUCUUCUGAUUUCAACAGAGGCUCUUUGACCAGUCACAUUCCCGUUAUAUUUUCUACUUUGGAUGAGGCAGAUGUCUGCAUCACCAAUUCGCUGCUUGAGAUAUUGCAAUGCUUCUCAAAUGGUGUUGGAGUGUUUCUGGAUCCUCCACCAACAGAAUGGCUCCAACAUAUCAAGAAUCAUGAUGACUUAACAUGGUACAACGCUUAUGAAAAGUAUUUGAGGUAUCCGAAAACUGAUAGGUCGCUAUUUCUAUCAACUAUCAAAUGUAUAGUCAACGAUACGGAAGUCUCAAAGAGUUUAUCAGCUUUAGGUGGUACUAUUGUUCCACGUAUUUCUGACUUAAUGAAGGGAGACACCUUUAUUACAGUUGGAGAAGAAUCCGAAGUUGGAGUUGAAUAUCCGCCUACUCUGUUGGAUCGAAUAUGUAAAGCUGUCGGAGCCUGUGACUUGACUCUUCUUCACAUUCACAAAAUGAUAGUAAAAAAGGCCAAUGGUAAGCGAUCAAAUGAAGACGAGGAGGAGCAUGAUAUCAAGGAUGAGGUUACUCCGUCUUUAGGCUUUUCUUCCAGACGGAAACGUCGGAAGUACGCCCGAAUAGAUCAAUUAGAGUUUCUUGACUUCACCCAAGUGCCAGAAGACAGUCAAACCAAUGAAAAACAAAAUGAUUUAGUACAGCUGGAAACAAAGAACAGUGCUCCAAGCAUUGACAAUGUAAAAUCUGAAAAACCUGUUGAUAAUACUAAACAACUGCAAACAGAAUCACCAGAUUCAGUGAGUAAUGAUAUUAUACAUAAAUCAAAAGAACUUGACACUGAAGCAAUAGAGUCCAAGACAAAUAGAACUGAUGUUGAACUGUUGCCACCUCCAAGAUUACCUAAGCGUAGGUUGUCAAACUCAGAAACUUCUGAGAAUCCGGCAAAGAAAUUGCACCCAAUCACAUUGGUUGAUGCCAUCAAACAAGCAAAACUACAGGGUGUCCGUCAUAUCAAGCUGGAGCUCGGAAUGGACGACGAAUUUCAGGAUAAGAAACCCAUUUCUGGAAGCUUGGCAAUUGUACAAACCAUUGAUGUGCAGCUUCGUCAAAAGCCUAUGCAGACGAAGAAAGCGAUCGAAUCAUCGAACGAUAAAAGGAAUUUUAAACGGUUUGUUAAGAAUAAGAUACACACUCCGGUAGUUUCACGGAAAUAUGUUGAUAUGAAUCCUGUCACUGUGUCUCAUGGUUAUCAGCUUGUGAAUCCUCAAAACAUGGUGGAGAGGAUUGACUACGAAGAGCAUUUGCAAAAGGAUUUUGAAGGCUUAAUUGAUGACUUGCGAGAUGUCAACGUUUCAAAUAAUGCUACCCAUAUUGAAUUGGAAACCCUCUUUGUUCCUGAAAGUCAAUCCCUAGAGGAAAAUCAAGUAGAUCAUUCUACACACUCAAAUUCACACAUAGUUAAAUCUAAUCAACAGAAACACACGAAUGAUGAUGAUGACGAUGAUGACGAUGAUGAUGAUGAUGGUAGUCAGCCCAGAUUUGCUUUCCGGCAAACAUAA